ACCGGCCUGCGCUGGAGACGGGCGGCCGACGGCUGCGGCCGUCGUCGCGUUGACAUCCCCGCGGUAUCCGGAUGUGGCCAAGCCGUCGUCCGUAUGCGGGUGAACCGAUGUCCUGUUUGCGGUGCAUGAGCAGGACGAGGACGAGCGGCUGCAGCGGCACGCGUACGGCCACGGUCCGCCACCACCGGUUGCGGUCGAGCAUCACCUAGGCACAUCGGCCGAUACGGCGAGACACCAUCCGCACUGCCACCCACCGCCGCCGCGGCCACACGCAUGAUUUCCGCUUUGGACGUGGUCGCGUUCGGCAACGACAGCUCGCCGCUAACGGUCGCCGGCAACRACACGGCGGGCGGCGCUGCGCCCUCGCCAAACGACACGGCUGCCAACGGCGUCAUCCAGUUCCUCGACGACGAUCUGUCGUUCCCCGGCUACAUACGCACCACGUGCAUGGUGGUGUGUGUCAUCAUAUUGGGCGUCGGCGUGGUCGGCAACAUGAUGGUGCCGAUCGUCAUACUCAAGUCCAAGGACAUGCGCAACUCGACCAACAUAUUCCUGAUGAACCUAAGCAUCGCCGACCUCAUGGUGCUGCUCAUAUGCACGCCCACCGUGUUUGUGGAGGUCAAUUCCAGACCGGAAACGUGGGUGCUCGGCGAGGAACUAUGUAAAGCAGUGCCUUUCGUCGAGCUCACGGUAGCCCAUGCUUCCGUUCUGACCAUACUGGCCAUCAGCUUCGAACGAUAUUACGCCAUAUGCGAACCGUUGCGAGCCGGUUACGUGUGCACCAAGACCAGAGCGAUGAUCAUCUGUCUACUGGCCUGGGGACUGGCCGCGCUGUUCACUAGUCCGAUCACAAUGAUCUCGGAAUACACGCAAAUGGACUACAUCGACGGCACCAAGGUGCCCGUAUGCCUGACCAAGGCCAACACGUUCUGGCCGAUAACGUUCUUCGUGGCCAUCAUAGCCGCAUUCUUCGUGGUCCCGCUGUUCGUGCUGGUCGUCCUGUACACGGUGAUCGCCGCACACCUGAUGGCCGACCCGGGCACUAGCUGCACGGACAGCGCGUGCAACCAGCGCGCCCGCCGGCAGGUGGUGCUCAUGCUGGCCACCGUGGUCCUGUCCUUCUUCGUGUGCCUGCUCCCGUUCCGCGUGUUCACCAUGUGGAUCAUCCUGGUGCCCGAGCACACGUUCCUGGACCUCGGCCUCAAGCACUACUACAUCAUACUGUACGCGUCCCGGGUCAUGGUCUACCUCAACUCGGCCGUCAACCCGAUCCUGUACAACCUGAUGUCUUCAAAGUUCCGGCGCGGAUUCUGCAAGCUCUGCCGGUCCCGGUGUGGUGGCGUUGACGACGGUUACGACGGAUACGACAGCGGAGGCUCGGGUGGUUGCGGCGUCGUCGGUGGGUGCGGCGUCGGUGGGUGCGGUGGUCGCCGGCGUAGACGACGAGGGCGCCGUCGGGACGUGUUUCGGCUGCGGCCCACCGGCACCCUCACCACGACGCUGUCGCGGUCAUGCAGCGGGCCGCCGAUGCGAGGUAGCAACGGAACCGGAAACGGCAAUAGCGCCGGAUACGGUUCGGUUCGGCAGCACGUCGACGUCACCGUCACCACCACCAACACGGCCGCGGCAGUAGUCACAGCCUUGUUUGGCCGUCACCGAGGCGUGAAGACGCGUCUGCAGGUCGAUGACGAUCAUCUGAAGGAGAGUUUUGUAUGACCACCAACACUGCUGACUUGCUUUCCGCAAACUAUAUAAUAUGUAUUUUUAUUAUUAAUUAGUAUCAAUUCUUAAAGGUUGUAUUUUUUUUUUUUUUUAAUCCUAUCGUGUAUUUUAAAUUAUUGUAAACGAUUAUAACAACCCUACAUGUAUUGUAAGUAGGUAUUUGUAAUUGUUCCACGAUUUAAGUUGUUAUAUUGUGAUUGUCCAUCGACCUAUGAUAGUGAGUUUUGAGCUGGCCUUCAAAUUAAAUAGACAGGUCAACAGAUAUAUCUCCCCACCAUUUAUCAGAAACCAUGUGACGCCUGCGCGAUGGCAUGAUUAAAACGAUUAUUGAAGACAUAAUCCUAGAAGUAAUGGCAAAAUAAUUAAUAAUAUAAUAUAAUAUCGAUUUUGAUAAAAGCAAUCAUUAUGCUACACUCCUGCUGAGUUUCUCAAACAUGUUAACCCAAUAAUGGGUCCUAAGCCAUGUUUGUUAUGACAUCUCAUUAUAAGCAUCUCAUUCUGAAAAAUUUGAAUUUGUUUGAUUAUAUUAGUUUUGAAAUUGUUUAUAAUUUCCUAUUUUAUUAAAUUUUUAAAGUCGUAUUCACUAUACAUCAAUGAAAUAUUUUUUAUUAGUAUUCUUUCUUAUUCUAUAAAAUCAUGCCGAUCGCAGUAGAUUUUUGAAAGAAAAUUUGAGUUGCGGUACUUAAAGAAGCCGCGUAAAAUAUUCAUCCACCCGCAAACUCGACGAGUAAAAUUUUUAGGUUUCAGUGUGCUGGGCAUAUCAUUAUAGUAUUAGUCAGUGGGCAACCAAACUAUUUUAAAAUAAAUUUAUUAUGUUUAUAUUAUAAAAAAUAUGUACUUGUAAUAAUAUAUUAUGUCGUUGUCGUGGUGGCUCAUAACCACACGAUUGUCUCGUCUCGGCAUUGAGUAGCACCUCUAGUCGAAUUGUCGUUAUCGUAUUAUUACUAUUAUUAUUAUUAUUAUUAAAUAACAUUUUAGUCUUUUUGAUUUUUGAUUUUUUACUCGUUCGUUUUUAUUUAAUUUUAAAAAGUUUGUUGCCCUACGGGUUUCAAUGGAUCGUUGUAUACGUCACUCGCAUUUAGUUAGGUACCUACAUAAUAAUGUGUUUCGACAUCGACAUGUGGCUAACGUCGUUUUCGCGGACAUUAAACCGUUUUCCUAAAUCCCAAAAUCACUGUCGUUAUGAUAAUAAUAUACAUUACGUACAUCCAUACAAGUGUUAAAGUCGAAACCAUUGAGACUUUAUGAUCAUUUUAACGUAAUGUCGCAUUGUUGCGUUGCUCGUUUAGUUCGCUUAAAGUUCAAUCCGACACCAAAAGUACAAAGCUCCGAUUGCGGUUCUCAUUCAUCCGCCAAAACAACUCUCGGUACAAUAUUAAGCUAUCGACCCUCCGUGGUUGUGUUCGUCUCUAAAAUCUUUCAAAGUCGUGUGCCGCUAAAAUAUUAUAGGUACUUAACAGCUAUGGAAAUUUUAGUAAUUCCAAUUUCAAAACAUCAAAUCAGCGUUAUCAGUCGACCGGAGUCAUAUGCCACGAAGUGUUACCGAAUUCAUUUAUUUACUUAUAUAUAUUUUUUUUUUUAUCGUUUGAAUAUAUCAAAAUAUUACAAUAAACACGCAAAUCUCUAUAUAUUACAUAUUAUACUUUAGAUCUUUAUAAAGAUUUUUGAAAAUCGCGUUUCAAAAUUAUCACCUAGAUAACAAAUCUUUUGGAAAAGAGUCCACUUGCCACGUUCAAUUUCAAGCCUCGCGAUGAACGAUAAGUACUAUAUAUAGAUACUGAAUCUAUCGUUAGUGUACUAUAAUUAUGUAUUAUUCUAUUGUUUUCAACAUAUUUUGGCCGACUAAAAAAUAUAUUAUUAUUUGACGCGWUCUUUUGACGAAUACCAUUUUUAUACUAUUAUGUUAUAUUCGAAUGUCGGCGAUAAAUCCAUAUGAAUGACUUUGGGUGCGCCGUUGAGUAUUCCAAMAAAUUCAGAAAAAAUCUUUGUCUUAAACAAUGUAUUAUUAUAAUAUUAUCAUCAUCAUCCACGCAGUAUAUACGAACGCACAUGACGUUAAAAUAAUAAACAGAGUGUAACAGAAAUAUAUGACAAAUGAAACAUAUUAAAGAUAUGGCAUUCGGUCAUAUCUUUCUGUUACACACUGUAUUAUACAGCCAGGCGCAUCCUUCGAACUACUUCGCUAUCGGUCGUAGAAUUUUUUUUAACUUUAAUAUUUUAUAACUUCCAUUUUUUGAUUUAUCGUGUGACAAUAAAUACGACACACAUGUCUGCCUCAUAUUAUAAUACAUAUAUACCUAUAUGUAUAUAAUGGUGUCCACGUAUGGCAACUGCUGCUGUGACCAAAAACUUUUUCGGCACUUUCGAUCUUCAAACGCACUGUAAAAAAAAAUAAAAACAAAAUGUAUAAGUACGAUAUGAAAAUUUAUGUAUUCACUCUACGGUGGAUUUCUUUCACAAUAAACAAUUUUUAUUUUAAAGUUCUUUUUUGCUUAUAAAUAUAAUACCUUACAAUAAUAUAUAUUAUUUACAAUAUUAACUUAAAUGUUUGCCAAUCAUGGAAAUCGGAAGAGACUUAGCUUUUAAAUUGAAAACAUUUUAUUGAACACUAUAACUUUCUAAAAUCUUCAUAAAGACUAAAAAGUACUAUUCAAUGUUUUCUUAUUAAUAGUACUAAAUACAUAUUUUAAUUKAAAAAAAUCCUUAAUUUCAAUGAAAUAAUCGCAUGAAAAACAAACCAACUUACAUUAUUUUAAAAUACCUAAAUUAUAAAACAGAGUGAUUGCUUCUACUGCAUUAAUUGUACAUCAAAAAAACCUUAAUUCUUACUUAUAUCUAACAUGAUCUGUUAUACAAAAUGUCAAAGACUUACUUCUGUAUCCCUAAGUUUAGAUGAUUAUUGUCAGGAGAACUUUAAAUAAUAAUAAAAAAGCUUCUGUUGCAUAGUAUUUUUGAAUUCGAUAAAAAAGAACCCCAUUGUAUACGAAAAAAAUAAUUAUGAGCGAAAUAGGAGACAGACAAUUUAAACAUWAAUUGCUUAUUAGUUCUUAAAUACAAUUAUAUACAUGGCAUUCGAUGUUU